AUGACGGAUACUGCUCGGUGGAAGGCUACAGUGUACGUGGGUGGCCUGGCGUCCAUGGUCAAUCCGGCAAAUCUUCACGAUGCAUUCAUUCCGUUUGGCGAGAUAGCGGAUAUUUCUCUGCCUAAAAACGACAAGGCAGAUGCUACAGAGCUGCAUCGAGGCUUCGCAUAUGUAGAGUACGAGGAUGCGGAAGAUGCCAAGGAAGCAAUCGACAACAUGGACCAGGCAGAAUUCUUCGGCAGGGUAAUCAAGGUCUCAGCUGCCAAAGCACCAAAGAGCGCCGAGGAAGGGUUGGGCGGCAAGACCGCCGUCUGGGCUCAGGAGGGAUGGCUCGCAGAACAUGCCGUCAGUGACGAAGAUCGACUUGCGACUGAGGCAGCCAGAAGUCGAGCUGGCGAGCCGCCGGAGGAUCCCAUGCAAGGACUGGAGGGACUUGAUGUGGCUGGACCGAAACCACAAUAA